AGCUUCCCAGAGGCCUCCCUGCUGUCCCAGCACCAGUGCCUGGUGCUGGCCCCUCCAGGGCACCUGGAGCUCCCUGGGGUGCUGUCGGCUUCUGCCAGCGAGGGCCAGAGUGAGUCGGGGGGCUCGGAGCCACCCAGAGCAGGCAUGCAGGAGGGCUCCGCUCCUGAGCGCCUGCUGUGCCCCGUCUGCCAGGAGGCAUUCGCGCAGCCCGGUGAACUCAAGGAGCACUUCAGGCUCUUCUGGCAGCACAGGAAGGGCCAUGCCGCGGAGCCCCCCGCCAAGACUCCUGCGACAGGCAGUCCCCCCGGCUUGGCCCCCCCCGGCCUCCAGCAGCGCUGCGUCCUGCUGUCGGGAGCAGAAGAAGGGCAGGAGGAUGCAGGCAAUUGCCACUCUGGCUGGGAAGCCACCACAGCAGAAGCCAGACCGGCAAAGCCUCCAGGGGCUGAGAAGGGCUCCUUGGAGGGGCGGAAAGCAUCAGCUGGAGAGGAGGACUUGGACAGUGGCAGGGACUCGCCGGAGGAGGAUGGUGAGACCCCCUGCAAAGGCGAGGCCAAAGAUGAUCGGAAGGCAGCUCCUGAGAAAGCCAGAGUGCCACAGGCACAGCACUUCAAAGGGGAUGUCGCGGAGGGCUCCGAGAACCUCUACAAAACCCACAUGUGCCCCGAAUGCAAGCGGUGCUUCAAGAAGCGGACACACCUGGUGGAACACCUCCACUUGCACUUCCCUGACCCCAGCCUGCAGUGCCCCAACUGCCACAAGUAUUUCACCAGUAAAAGCAAGCUGAAAAUCCACAUGAUGCGGGAGACGGGCGAGAAGGCCCACCGCUGCCCGCUCUGCCACUACAGCUCGGUGGAGAAGAACGCCCUCAACCGCCACAUGGCCAGCAUGCACGAGGACAUCUCCAACUUCUACUCCGAUGUUUACUCCUGCCCUGUCUGUGCAGAGAAGUUUCGGCUCAGCCAGGCCCUCAAAGAGCACUUGAAGACUCAUAAAGCCGAGCCCAAUAGGCUGAGCUGCUUCCAGGGGGGCUGCGAUUACUGCGCGGAGGACCGGAAGGAGUUUGUCCGUCACCUCAAGGAUGCUCAUGGCAUCAAGGCGGUGGAGUGCAAGUACCAUGCCUGCUCACUGCUCUUCGGCACAGCUGAGGCCAUGGAGGCUCACCGAAAAACCCAUUACGCCUUCCACUGCCAGCAGUGUGACUUCAUCUGCUCCAACAAACACGUUUUCCGCAAGCACAAGAAGCAGGGACACCCAGGUAGUGAGCAGCUCCAGUGCAGCUUCUGCCCCUACGCCACCUUCAACCCCGUGGAGUUUCACGACCAUGUGGGCAAGAUGCACGCCAAUGAGAAGAUCCACAAGUGCACUGAGUGCGCCUUUGCCACCGCGCAUAAGAGGGUGCUCAUCCGGCACAUGCUGCUGCAUACUGGAGAGAAACCUCACAAGUGCGAGCUCUGCGACUUCACGUGCCGGGAUGUGAGCUACCUGUCCAAGCACAUGCUGACCCACUCCGAUGACAAGAACUUCAUGUGCACCGAGUGUGGGUACAUCACCAAGUGGAAGCACUACCUGAACGUCCACAUGCGCAAGCACACUGGAGAUCUCCGGUACCAGUGCAACCAGUGCUCGUACCGGUGCCACCGUGCUGACCAGCUGAGCAGUCACAAGCUGCGUCACCAGGGCAAAAGUCUGAUCUGUGAGGUGUGCGGCUUUGCCUGCAAGCGCAAGUACGAGCUGCAGAAGCACAUGCAGGCGAACCACUCGCAGAACUACCAGGUGCCCAUCUUCCAGUGCCAGUACUGCACCUACCAGACCAAGUACAAGCAGGCGCUGCUGAAACAUGAGAACUGCAAGCACACCAAGCAGAAGGAGUUCCGCUGUGCCCUCUGCUCCUACUGCACCUUCAGCAACACCAGCCUCUUCUUCCACAAGCGCAAGAUUCACGGCUAUGUCCCUGGUGACAAGGACUGGCUGGAAAACUACGCCAGCAAGGAGCUGGAGAUCAGCUCCUCUGAGGCACUCUUUGGCUACGAGCUCAGCGCAGCCCUGCGUGUGGAUGCCAGCUCCCCCCUUGCUGGCAAGGAGCAGUGGGCAAAGGCGAAGCCAUCCCAGCUGGAUUCCCAAGGGGAAGGGGGCUACCAGCAAGCGUUUGUGGUGCCCCUCCUUGAGCAGGAAGCUGCUCCGCCGCGGAGUGGCAGCGAGGCAGAUGGAGGUGUGAGUGAGGAGGAGCAGAGCUGUCCCACCACUGGCGAUGCCCUGGGAAAUGACCACAUGCAAGGAGACACUGCAGCAGGCUCGACUGAACUCGCUGCUUCUGGGGACGUGACGGAGAGCUGCACGUUGCACUUGGAGGCAUUGAACGUCUCAUCUGACCCCCUCCUGGAGCAUUUGACUGGAGAAUCCUGCACAGCACAGCCAGAGAGCAUGGAAAUGCUGUCCUGCAAGGAGCCUCCCACAUCCUACAAGAUGCUGGGCUCCCAAGAUGACCUUAGCUUGGAGGACAAUGAUAAUACGCUUGAAGACAUGCCAGACUUUGAGGAAGAGGAGGCAGAUGUACAGGAGGACGAGGCAGUGAGGCUGGAGGACAACGUAGCGGCAAGAGACAGCCAGGGAGAAGACACCCUAAGGGAUGCCAUGGGUGACCUUGAGAGGUCAUGCGCAGACCACCACAAGCUGGUGGCGGACACAGAGAUGAGAGAGACCAGCCAAGUGGAGCUGCCCGAGGCCUGGCUCAGUGCGCUGAAGACGGCUGAGCAGAGGCACCCACCUAUCCCAAAGGACGCGGCUGCCUCCAGUGACGAUGCCAGAGGUGGCUCGGAGUCAGUGCUGAAGGCAUUGCGGAAGCAGGACAAGGAGCAGGCGGAGACACUGGUGCUGGAGGGCAGGGUGCAGAUGCUGGUGGUGCAGUCAGAGAGCCAGAUCUUUAAGUGUGAGAAGUGCUCAUACAUCACGCGGAAGGAGAAGUCUAUGUCUCUGCACUCCAAAGCCAGCUGCCAGAGCCGCCGGGCCCCGCUCGUGUGCCACGAGUGCGGCACCAGCUUUAAGCAGCAAAGGGGGCUCAACACUCAUCUCCUCAAGAAGUGCCCGGUCCUCCUGAAGAAGAACAAGAUCCUUAAACCAGCUGGUCAGGAGCCGCCUGGGUUGUCCCAGCCUGCUGACCAGCCCAGUGACAACGGUAUGGAAACGGCAGAGAGCAACAGGGGAGGCUCAGAGGAGUCCAGGCAUGCCAAGAGGCCCUGCGAAGCUGGACUGAAGCCUGAUACAAUGAAGGCAGUAGGCAGUUCCUUGGCUGGCGAACAGACCUCGGGCUGUCCUGCCCCUGAAGAAUCCCUGCUGGGUGACAGCACAGAGGUGAUGGAAGAGCCUCCCCAGCAAGUGGACGGGGCUGAGCCAGGUGGAGCUGCUUGUCCCCUCGAGCCUGGGAAACCCUCGGAGAAAUACCGUCUGGAGGCAGGGAAGCUGCACUGCAACGCCUGCUCCUUCGUGUGCUCCCGGGUCUCCACCAUCACCUCCCACGUGGAGGAUGGGUGCCGGAGCCUGGAGCAGUUCUGGUGCUCCCUGUGCCCUGAGGCCUUCCGCUCCCAGCGGGCCCUCAAGAGCCACUGCGCCGGCAAGCAUGUUGUGCAUCCUGAGGAGGACGGACCCCAAAGCACUGAGUUCUCUGAGGGGCACCUGGCCAGCAUUGAGACAGACCAGCCCAGUGAGCCUCCGCUAGAUGCGGCUCCCCCGAAAGCUGCCCUGCCCAAGAGGAGGCGUUUCUCCUGCCCCACCUGCCCCUUCACCUGCCACCAGGAACGGGCAAUGAAGACGCACAAGAAGAGGGGCUGUGUGGCGCUGGGCGAGUUCCGCUGCGCCUCCUGCCCCUUCACCUCCCAUGGGGAGAAGGUGCCCUCCGGCUGCCCACACUGCGGCUUCGUGUGCCACAGCGAGGCCACGCUCAAGUGCCACCUGCAGAAGCAGCACCCACACCUGGAGUGCAGCACCUGCAAGGAGACCUUCGCCACCCGGGAGGCUCUGGAGGAGCACAAGACGCAGCAUUUCAGCCACCGCUGUGAGCUGUGCAGCUUUGCAGCCAAGGAGCGGCAGCAGCCGGGGGGGGGGAAAAACCACGAGCCGGCCGCCCCCCAGGACAAACCCCUGCGGUGCCCCUUCUGCGACUUCACCUGCCGCCACCAGCUUGUCUUCGACCAGCACAUGAAGGGCCACGGGGGCACCCGCGUGUACAAGUGCUCGGACUGCGAGUAUACCACCAAGAACAGGCAGAAGAUCACGUGGCACAUCCGCAUCCACACCGGCGAGAAGCCCUACAAGUGCCACCUCUGUAAAUACGCCUGUGCCGACCCUUCGCGUCUCCAGUACCACAUGCGGAUCCACAAGGAGGAGCGGAAAUACCUCUGCCCUGACUGCGGCUACAAGUGCAAGUGGGUGAAUCAGCUCAAGUACCACAUGACAAAGCACACAGGUCUGAAGCCGUACCGCUGCGAUGAGUGCGAGUACCGCACCAACCGGGCGGAUGCCCUGCGGGUGCACAAGGAGACGCGGCACCGGGAGGCACGCUCCUUCAUCUGCGAGCAGUGCGGCAAGGCCUUCAAGACCCGCUUCCUCCUCAAGACCCACCUGAAGAAGCACAGCGAGGAGAAGCCCUACGUCUGCAACACCUGCGGGCGGGCUUUCCGCUGGGCAGCCGGCCUGCGCCACCCCAAUGAGCACCCCUUCUUCUGCCGCUACUGCUCCUACAAGGCCAAGCAGAAGUUCCAGGUCAUCAAACACAUCCAGCGGCAUCACCCCGAGCGUGGGGCCGGCGACCUCAGCCAGGGGGUGGGCAAGGACCCUAGCACGCCCACUGUCCACCUCCACACUGUGCAGAGGGAGAGCCGGGCUGAAGGGCCCCCCAGGAUGGAGCAGGAAGCAGGGUGCCCCGCAGAGAAGGAUGCCAUGUCACAGUGA